AUGAGUGCGCAACUUGCUGUAGAUUCGGAGGUUGGACUUGACCUUGGAGUUCAGAGCCCGGAGGAGCUCGCCGGGGUACAAACUGGAAGCCAGCCUGAUUCUGACCAGGAGACCAGGAAAAACGCACGGCCGCUGAAAUAG